GGGGGCAGCGAAGGAAUAGCAAAGAAUGUCUUCUCCAGCUCUGUAGUGCUUGGUAAUUUUGGCAACCCAUGUGGGCGGGGAAAUGAAUGGGGCUACAGGCAUAUUUAGCUUGUCAGUUCUCAGUUGCUCAGACUUGCAAAAGGGUUUUCCUUAACCUGCAAGCUGUCUGUUUUCUUUAUACAUGCUUCGCUUAUUUCUCUAGCUCAUAUAGAAAAUCUAUAUUAUAAUAAAAGCACGUAGAUAGGCAACUUUCUUACAGCAGGACAUUCCAGGGGGGAAAAAAAAUCUUCAGGAACUUACAAGAUUCAAGGUGGAAUUUUUUUCUAAGUGCUCAAGUGGAUCUAAAAAGCCUUGAAAUAUGAUCACUUUAGUGCUCCUAUGGAUAUGCAUGUUAAUUGUGAACUCCUUGACUUAUCCUGCUGUAAUAACCCCACAAGACCCAACCCUAAUGAUAGGAUCAUCACUAACUGCAUCUUGCUUAGUGGACUCUGACUUAAACCUGAAGGCAGAUGACCUGUUCUGGACCCUUAAUGGGAGAAGGCUCCCAACAGAGCUAUAUAAUAUACUAAACAGCACAACCUUGAGUGUGGCCUUGAAUAACCUGAAUGGAUCCAAGCAGCAGUCAGGAGAUAACCUGGUGUGUCACAGCAAAGACGGGAGAAUCCUGGCGGGCUCAUGUCUAUAUGUUGGAUUGCCACCAGAGAAACCAAAAAAUAUCACAUGCUGGUCAAAGAAUAUGAAAGAUUUAACCUGUAAGUGGGUUCCUGGAAGUGAAGGGGAAACCUACCUGCACACUAACUACACUUUGAAAUACAAGCUCAGGUGGUAUGGCAGAGAUAAUACAUGUCAAGAAUACCACACUAUGGGUCAGUAUUCAUGCCACAUCCCUAAGGAUCUUGCCCUCUUUACACCCUAUGAGAUAUGGGUGGAAGCUUCAAACAGACUGGGAUCCACUACAUCUGACAUAAUAACGCUGGACAUUCUUGAUGUGGUCACCACGGACCCCCCAUCAGAUGUCCAUGUGAGUCGCGUAGGUGAUUUGGAAGAUCAGCUGAGUGUCCGCUGGAGUUCACCCCCUGCUUUAAAAGAUUUUCUAUUUCAAGCCAAAUACCAGAUUCGCUAUAGAGUAGAAGAUAGCAUGGAAUGGAAGGUAGUUGACGAUGUGGGUAACCAGACAUCCUGUCGUCUAGCAGGGCUGAAACCAGGAACCGUUUAUUUUGUUCAGGUUCGAUGUAAUCCUUUUGGAAUCUAUGGAUCCAAGAAAGCAGGAAUCUGGAGUGAUUGGAGCAAUCCGACUGCUGCAUCUACUCCAAGAAGUGAAAGGAUAACUGGGGUAUGUGAUCCAAAGAGUGGGGAGCAAAAUUCUACCCUACGUCGAGAGUUGAAGCAGUUUUUCGGAUGGGUCAAGAAACAUGCCUAUGGCUGCUCAAACCUUAGCAUCAAGUUGUAUGACCAAUGGAGAGUGUGGCUACAGAAAUCGCACAAAACUCGGAACCAGGUAGGUUCUACCAGGUGAUAAGUUAUAGCAUCUUAUUUUAGCCGGGCAGGAGGACGCAAAGGAAGCGGAUCUGAAGACCAUACACAAAGCGGCAGCAAAACUUGAGCAUCGCCCUGAGGAAGACUUUUAAGUUCAACCUUUGAGAUCCUGAUGGCAAGCUUUGUUGUUCCAAAGCCAGAGACUCCAGUAGAGAUGAAGUUCUGUGUUUUCAUUUCAAUGUACGUCACAUUCCACCCCUGAAACGAUGGUUUGAAGGUGACCAAAAAGUCUUGUGAAAGACUACCUUUUACAGAACUGUAUGUGUUCAGUGCUUUUACCUGGAAUUUAUUAUUUUUUAUCUCUUAUUUAAAUUUUGUACAUUUUGACUAUGUUUGUAAUGCUCACAGAAAUUUAGUGUUUACAUGUUUUAUAUGUCCUUGUCAUCAAGUAGAUUUUUUUUUUUAAAGAAUUAAAAUGAUAUUUUCUCUAAAAUGACAGAAAUGAAGUUGUUUUUGCAGCAUGAGCAAUGUCAAUUAUAUGAAAAAAAAAAUGCUAACCAUUCCUUCAGUCGCAACCUUGGCAAGCAGUAGUUAAAGACGAAGGGGCACAAUAGGUCUUAAUAAAGUUUGGAAAUAAUAACAGGCACUCAAUCAUCUGGAACUGGCAUAAAAAUUCACACUUUAAUAUACCCCAUAUAAAAAAUAAACAAUGGUAAUAUAAAAAUUAAAAAUUCCCGUUAAAGUACAAUACAAGCAGCAAUCAUAGCCAAAAACCAAUGGAUACUGUGUGCAUCAAUACAUGAUCGAAAUUAUAUCUAUUGUAUAGACCGCUAAUUACAGAUAAAAAAUACCAAAUAUAAAAAAUAAAAAAAUAAAAAUGUAUUUCCCAAAGGAAAUCCUUGAUGGUGGUUAGUCCAAAUAUUUAAUGAUUAGUGAUGCUAUUUAAUCCAGAGAAUUAUUAGUGGUAUUAAUUGAUUCAAAUAAUUAGUUGAUUAUUGUCUAUAAUUUAUCCAAUGAUUACUGUUCGUGAUUACAUUAAUUCAUUUUAAAAUAACAAUGUUGAUGGUAAUAUUUAAUCCAAAUGAUUAAU